UUAUUAGGAAAUCGAAAACGCUUUGGCUCUGAUGCUGAUGCUGAGGCUGAGGCUGAGGCUGCGCCAGCGACUCUGCCGCCUAUCAUCAGUCCGUGAGACGGUCUCAAAGCUAUUGGUCGUGUUGUCGCUUGUCGGUCCGAACAACCCAGGCAGAGCCCAGGCUAGAGAUCGCCAGAGAGCUGCUCCCAAGACGUCGUACUACGUAGAGCACACGAGUAGCGUAGCGUAACGGGACGAAACAAAACGAAACGAGUGAGAACGUAAGCGCGCGUUCGUACCGCGAUAACGGUAACAUAUUCAAAUGUACCGCUAAGAAAAUUAGCUCGUGAAGUGAUUUCGAGGAUCAGGAUUACGAUCCCUGUCAAAAUGUGAAAUUCAAGAAUGAAAAACGGCAACCAAAUGCAAUGAAAUUUAAUUCCUACUUCACUUUCAUCCUAGACAAACAAACAAACACACUCUACCCCACAAUUCCUAUAGACAUACUCGUACUCAACUAAUGGAUAAGAGUUCUCUAAAGCUGCAUUCAGCAUUCAGCACUCAGCAUAUUCUGGGUAUAAAUCAUAAAGCAAUAAUAUAGUGGAAUAAUUCACACAAAUCAAUGCACAAAUCGUAAAAGAACUUCUGAAAAAAAAGAAUGAAAAGACACUGCUUUUAUGGACUACGCCCCAAGUGCAGUGCACACAUACAGAUGCGUAUCUAUGGCCUAUAUAUACAACAGAUAUCGGUGCUAAAUCAAUGAUAACUACAUACUUAGAUCCAAUUAAUGCAAAUUGUGACAGCGCUUAAAUGCAAAGUGAAGUAAGCUGUGCGGAAAUCAGCAGAAUCAGAAUCAGCAUCGGAAUCGGCAUCGGCAUCAGAAUCGGAAUAUCCACAGCAACGGGAGACCGGAGACCGCAGAUCGGAGACCGUGCGGGACAUGUGUACAGGUCGAUGAUUAUGGGCAGACAUUAAACAGACAAUCCCAUAAUGAAAUUAUAAAAUUGACAAGAUUAUAGCCUGUCGAGAAAACGGGAAGGUGCUGAGAUUGUCUGGGAUUGCACCUGAGACUGCAGAUUGGAGAUUGGAUCGAUGUCAACCCCCAACGAGAGCAGUAAUUAAAGUUAAUUAACUAGUAAAAUAUAAUAAAAAUAAUAAACAACAACAACCUAUUCUAUAUAGUAGCCUGUAUCAUAAAUCAGAUAAAAAGCAAAACAAACGCGAAUCGAAGCAAAGUGAAGGAGUGAUUGUAAAAAGUGUAAAAAGUAUAGUAAAGAUCCAUAUAGUAUAUCUUAGAGGAGGCCAACAAAAGCUACAAGCUCCUAAGCUACAAGAAAUUUAACGCGUAAUACAUAAUAAAUUAUAAAUGAAUCUAAAAGAAAACUAUGCAAAUCCAACUAAAUCGCCAAAAACUUUAUAAAAAAAACCCAAACAAUUUUCAAAUUUCAGUUAUAUAAAAAUUGUUUAAAAAUAAAGUUUCAAUAAAUUGCAAGUUGAACAACGAAAACCACUUAAAGGCAUUUCCCACGCGCCGUCGGCUUCAACAACAUCUAGAUAUACAUAUUUGAUCGAUCACAGGAUGACUUACGCUCCACAACAACAACAGCAGCAACAACCACAAGCAGCCGCCAGAAGAUCAAAUUUGUAUAGCAGCCAAUGCCAGACGGGUUAUCAACAUCCGUAAAAGAAAUAAAAAACAAAACCCCACAACGUUGCAACAGCCAAACGGUGCUCAAAUGGUGAUUUCUUCCUGCCAACGGCCAGCGGAUAUCCGUGCGGAUUUUAUACCAACAACAACUGCAACUGCGGGAUCUACAAAAACAACAACAAGAGCCACAACAAGUUGUGCAAUUAGAGCAGAGCUGCUCGAUAAACUAGAAGAGGCUGGCAAAUUGAUGCCACCACUGCGACCAAAGGCCGCGUCACUAUCAAGCAUGUAUAUAAUUCCUGUUUACAACUAUUUGAAGACACGAAGGCAGCAGCAGUUCUAAGGAGCAGCCCGGACUAAUCAGUCUAUCAAUCCAUUGAUCAUUAAUAUUGAAUCAAGAGCAGCCAGAGCAUAGGAGGAGCGUGCCACAGGAAAGAAGCGAAGGUUGCAGUUAGCUAGCAACAGUUAUGAGAGAGAAAGACCACUCACCAAGAAAGAUGCUUCCUAGCCCGAAACAGGGCUGCGUUUACCCUGCCUUAGGAUUAGUACCCACAUCGUAUAUAUCACACGUACCUUACGACCUGGCAGCCGCCUCGACGAUAUCCUCCUCCUCCUCCGCCUCCUCGGCGACGACGACCACCACAACGGCGGCGGCCCGGCAGCAGCAUCUGCAUCCGCAGCAGCUCCAUCAUGGCGGCAAGGCCAAGAGGAGGAGCAGCUAUGACCAGCCGCUGGAUCUGCGGCUGGCGCACAAGCGGAAGACGGAUCUGGAUCCGUCCAUGGACGGAGGUCCCAUGGAGGACGAGAACAGCAACCUAAUCAUGUUCGCCAGCGAACUGGCCUCCGCCCAGCAGAAGGAGAAGGAGCUGAACAACAACCACAUAGCCGCCUCCCUGGCGGAUCUCGGCUUUGACAUGAGCCGCAAGAUGCUGCGAGCCCUACGGGAGGGGGGAGCGGGCAGCGGGGCAGCCGGGCCUGCCACACCCCUGGGUGCCGUGCCUCCGCAGUGCACGGUGCCCGCAGUGCAUCCCACGCUCCUCGAGGCCAUGACCAAGACGCUGCCACUGCAGUACAGGAAUGUCUUUGCAGGUGUGCUACCGGGAAAGGCCAGCAGUGCGGCUGCCUCCACGAGCCCCACGGGCGGCGAGUUCAACUUCCGUCAUCCGCUGAAGAAAUGCGAGCUGACAUGGCCCCCGCCCACAGAGCAAUUGCAGCUGGAACUGCCAGGAGGUGGAGGAGGUAUGGGAAAUCCCAGCGGCGGAAAGACGGCUCCACAUCCCCAGCUGCAGGACUACCAGACGCGCCAGCAUUCGCGGAAGGCCAAGGCAAGAGCUCCGGCGUCCACAGGUGGCCAGACUGGCCCAGGAGCCGCCUCCCUGCCGCAGCGGAACAAGGAUCGGUACACGUGCAAGUUCUGCGGCAAGGUGUUCCCCCGAUCGGCGAACCUCACGCGCCACCUGCGCACUCACACGGGCGAGCAGCCGUACAAAUGCAAAUACUGCGAACGUUCCUUCAGCAUCUCCUCGAACCUGCAGCGCCACGUGCGGAAUAUCCACAACAAGGAGCGGCCCUUCAAGUGCGAGAUCUGCGAGCGCUGCUUCGGCCAGCAGACGAAUCUUGACCGGCACCUGAAGAAGCACGAAUCGGACGCGGUGUCGCUGAGUGCCUUGAGCGGGGUGAGCGAACGGAUGCACUGCAUCCGACGCUUCUGCGAGAACCCCAGCGAGGAGUCCUACUUUGAGGAGAUCCGCACCUUCAUGGGGAAGGUCACCCAGCAGCAGCAACAGCAACAGCAUCACCAGCAGCAGCAGAACCAUCAUCAGUCAGUGACCACGCCCCGUAGCUCGGCCUCCAGCUCGUGCUCCUCCUCGCAUACGCCCACAUCCUCGCGCCACACACCCACGCAGUCGGACACAUCGGAGGCCCUGGCCCAAGAGCUGCGGCGCCUGCAGGCGGAACGUAUCAAAGUCGGUGAAGACAGCAAUGAUGCAACAUCAGGAGCAGCGAGAACUGCUUCCCCAGCGGCCGAGGAGGAAGACUCCAAGCCCAUCCUCGAGCUGAAGAAGACCCUGACUUCAAAGCUAUUUCCCACUACCACACCGAAAGUUACGCCAGCUGCUGCUGCUGUCACCGUGAAGGAGGAGCAGCAGCCCUAAUGACCAGCCACCAACAAGAAGAAUUUUAACACGUUUUCCUACUAUAUAUUCGAAGAAGAAGAAGAGAGAGAAACUGCAACAACUACACACAAACGAAACGAAAGAAGAUCCCUAAACUAUGUCUAAAGCAUGUUCGUCUUUAAAGUCUAGCUGUAAAUAUAUACCUAAUAUCUUUUAAUGUUCUAUUUGUGUAAAUGUAAUUGUACAAAACAAAACAAGAAUUGGCAAA